AUGUCCAAACCUGUUGUUCUUGAAGAUAUUACUGGCGGUAGCGCAAAGGCUACUCACCUCUGUGUUUUAGUCCAUGGCCUUUGGGGAAACCCAAGUCAUGUACGCAAUGUUGCCAAGGUUUUGCGUGACGAAUAUUCCGAAGACGAAUUGUAUAUCCAGCCAGCCGAGAAGAACCGCGGCACCUUUACAUACGAUGGCAUUGAGCUUGGUGGUGAGCGCGUGUGCGCAGAGAUCGAGGACAAGCUGCACGAUAUUGAAUCGCAAGGGGGCAAGAUGGCCAAGUUUAAGAACUUUGUGACAUUUGCAUCCCCCCAUCUCGGAGUGAGAACGCCACUGAUUGGAUGGCUCAACAAUAUCUGGAACGUCCUCGGCGCCCGAACGCUAUCAGUGUCCGGUCACCAACUUUUCACCAUCGACAAAUUCCGCGACACCGGCAGACCCCUUCUCGCCGUCCUCGCUGAUCCAGAUUCUAUCUUCAUAUCUGGUCUCAAGAAGUUUAAGCGCCGCACACUGUACUCAAAUAUCGUCAACGAUCGAGCCGUGUUGCACUACAUAUCCGCCAUUACUAAGCAUGAUCCUUAUGCAGACCUUGACAAGGUUAAUCUCAACUACCUGAAAGGAUACGAGGCUUCAACAAGAUGCCCAAUUGACAAAGUACAAAGCUCUCAAUAA